CGGGGGAGGGCGGUACAAGCCGGCUCUGCUGGAGCUGCCUGAUCCGCUGUCACCUCGGUCCGAACAUCAGUCUGUCCGGUUCCUAAUCUCAUCUCUGGUCCUGUGGUGCACUGUUAUUCUUAAACAGAAGUGUGCGUUUGUGUUAAGAUGUCUCAGAAGAUCAAGGCCGGCUCCGUGGUGGAGAUGCAGGGCGAUGAGAUGACUCGGGUCAUCUGGGAGCUCAUUAAGGACAAGCUGAUUUUCCCGUACCUGGAGCUGGACCUGCACAGCUUUGACCUCGGAAUGGAGAACCGAGAUGCAACAGACGACCAGGUGACAGUUGAGGCAGCGAAGGCAGUCCAGCGCUACAGCGUGGGGAUCAAGUGUGCCACCAUCACUCCGGACGAGAAGCGCGUGGAGGAGUUCAAGCUGAAGAAGAUGUGGCGCUCGCCCAACGGGACUAUCCGUAACAUCCUCGGCGGCACCGUGUUCAGGGAGGCCAUCAUCUGCAAAAACAUCCCCCGCCUGGUGUCCGGCUGGGUGAAGCCCAUCAUCAUCGGCAGGCAUGCGCACGGAGACCAGUACAAAGCAACUGACUUCGUAGUGCCUGGGCCUGGGAAGGUAGAGAUGAUCUACACACCCACGAACGGAGAGCCAGUCAAAUAUGUCAUCCACGAGUUUGAAGGCACAGGCGGCGUGGCUUUGGGGAUGUACAACACGGACGCGUCCAUCCGAGACUUCGCCCACAGCUCCUUCCAGAUGGCUCUGUCCAAAGCCUGGCCUCUGUACCUCAGCACCAAGAACACCAUCCUGAAAAAGUACGAUGGUCGCUUCAAGGACAUCUUCCAGGAGAUCUAUGAGAAGGAAUAUCGCAGCCAGUUUGAGGCCAAAGGUAUCUGGUACGAGCACCGACUCAUAGACGACAUGGUGGCUCAGGCCUUGAAAUCAGAGGGAGGUUUCAUUUGGGCCUGCAAGAACUAUGAUGGCGAUGUCCAGUCGGACUCUGUGGCACAAGGGUACGGUUCUUUGGGCAUGAUGACCAGCGUUCUGAUCUGUCCUGAUGGACGCACGGUGGAGGCCGAGGCCGCCCACGGCACCGUGACCCGCCACUACAGGCAGCAUCAGCAGGGCAAAGAAACCUCCACCAACCCUAUAGCCUCCAUCUUCGCAUGGACGCGGGGUCUGCUCCACCGGGCAAAGCUGGACAAAAACGCUGAGCUACGAGUGUUUGCCGAGGCUCUGGAGGCCGUCUGCAUCGAAACCAUCGAGGCUGGUUUCAUGACCAAGGACUUGGCUAUCUGCAUCAAAGGCAUGCCAAACGUGACCCGCGCCGACUACCUGAACACCUUUGAGUUCCUGGACAAGCUGGCAGAGAACCUGAAGCUGAAGCUGGCCAACCAACCCAAACUGUGAUCCCACCUCCCGGCUGCAGCGCUUACACACAGACACACACAGUUGCUCAUGCAAACAGGGAUAUCUUUACAGAAACUGGAGUUAUUGGCCAACAAGCAGGGAGGAGUGGAGUUCUGGACUCCAGGAGAACCUAGCAGUAGCUAAGUGUUAUUAAUCAAGGAGGGUGCCUUGUCCACAAGAACCAACUGUCCCUAAUGCUCUAUACAAACCGCAUCACAUAGACAUUAACAGUCUCCAGGAACUAAUAUGGGCUCCGACCUUAAGGCUCAGUGUCCUUUUUUACUGUGAUUGCGCUAGCUCCCUGACGCCUGCUGUCAGUCUAUGCCGCUGAUCUGCGUCGGAUUGGGUGGUGGGUAAGCUAGCUGUAAGGGAGCCUCUGGAUCGUCAUUGCCUUACUUGUUUUGUGUCAAAAUCAUGAGUGGAUUCUGGUCAUCUCCUUUGCCUUGUAGUGUCUUAUGAAUACCUCAGGCAACGUUGUGGUGUUUGAGUGACAGAAAAGCAGAGCACAGUCCCUAAUCUUUUCACUAAUGAGACUUUUAUUUUUUAGCGUUCAGCUGAGUGACGACACAUUCCAUGAAACUUUUCUUUAUGCAACUCAGACUACUGCACAGAUUUUAAAAGUGCUCACUCUUUUACAUGGUUUGUAAACACACUACUUACCAAUAAAAAAACUCUUAUAUGUCCAACUAAAUAUUUGCUUCAAGAUUUUGUUCAACUGAUCUUCGUGAAGAGAUUUAUUUAUUUGCCAUUUUCUCGAUGUAGUGUCUGUAGAUGCAUGUCCACCAGCAGAAUCAUUCAUGUAAUAAACGUAAGCCUGUCAAAGAAAAA